AUGACUGUAGUAGGCGGCACUGAGAGAAAGGGACCGUAUGAAUGCAGCCACACUGAAUCCUGGAAGGCAGAGACACAGGAAUCAGAGCUGGGAGGCCUGGUUAAUGAGGAGGUCACCAAUGCAGUCCCCAGAGGCCAGGCUGCCUGGAGAAGCUCGCAGCAGCCCCAUUCAGUGAAGUACUGUUCUCUUAAGCCGGUGGCAUGGGAGCAAAUCGUUGGCGGCCUGGUGAACGGGAGCAGCCCAUUGAGGCUGGAGGUGAGGGCAUCGCAUCUCUGCUUCCACUGUCAGCUCUGCAGUGAUUUCUGUGGCUGUGGGAACAGCAUGUGGGUGACAGCGUGCUGCUGGCUAGAGCUGGUGGUGAAUGUUGACCCUAGAGAAGCUGAGAGAAAUGGGGGAGAAUACUGCUUGUCACUCAGCUGCCACAAGUCAGAGCAGUCUGAUACCAUCUCUGAACAGUUGACAGCCUCCUCUGGAUGA